AUGCAGGGCAGGAGGGAGUGGGAGGACCCUGCGGUGUUGAGCAGGAACAAAGAAGAUCCACACGCUGCAUUCUUCGCGUUUGAGUCUCGGAGGUCCGCCAUCCUUGGCAUCAAGGAAAAGUCCAGCAGGUUUCUCAGCUUGAACGGACAGUGGAAAUUCCACUGGAAGCCGCACGUGAACGCGUCGGAUGAUGAGAGGGGGGAGAGCAAUUUUGCAGCGGAAGAUUGCAAGGAUGACGAAUGGGGCGAAAUCACCGUGCCGGGCAACUGGGAGCUACAGGGCUACGGGUUUCCGAUGUACACUAACAUAGAGUACUUGUUCAAACAUGAUCCUCCUUACAUCUCGUACAAGGGUGAAGAUCCAGGACCAAGCUACAAUCCUGUUGGCUUUUAUCGUAAAUUGGUAGAUGUUCCCAACGAUUGGAUGAGAGAAAAUUGCUCGGUAUAUCUUCAUCUUGGGGCGGUGACGUCUGCUGUCUGGGUUUACGUGAAUGGAAAGGAAGUAGGGUUUUCCAAGGAUUCCAAGUUGCCGGCCGAGUUUGACAUUUCCAACUUCCUCAUCCCUGGCCGCAAGAAUCUGAUCGCGCUUAAAGUACUGUGCUGGUGUGAUGGAGCGUACUUGGAGGACCAGGACAUGUGGUGGCUUGCUGGUAUCACUCGAGACGUGUUCCUCUUCGUCCGGGACCGCACUCACGUCCACGACUUCACAGUGCGCAGCUCAGGCUCUUGCGACAGUGCCACGAGUAGAGUUACCCAACGUGUGCGAUUGAGCAUCCCAAAGGAGGCAGCGCGGGCAUGGAACGCGGAGAAUCCGUACAUGUACACGCUCCUGCUCUCGUUGGAGAGCAAGGGAGGAGAGCGGUCGGAGUUCAUACGGAGCCGAGUUGGCAUCCGGAGCGUAGAAGUGCGAGGAGGGAGGCUGCUGGUCAACGGCAAGGUGGUCAAGCUACGAGGCGUCAACAGACACGAGCACGAUGCUGAGCGAGGGCAUUGUGUGGACGUGACGUCGAUGAUGAAGGAUGUGAAGUUGAUGAAGGACUUCAACUUCAACAGCGUCAGGUGCUCGCACUACCCCACCGACGAGACCUUUUACUCCCUUUGCGAUGAGCUCGGGCUGUACGUGAUCGACGAGGCCAACAUCGAGUCGCAUGGAAUGGGUUUCUUCCCCUCCAAGACUCUCGCAGACCGCAAGGAGUGGGAAGCAGCGCACCUCGAUCGCAUCAGGAGGAUGUACGAGCGCGAUAAGAACUUCGCCAGCAUCAUCAUCUGGUCACUGGGGAACGAGGCAGGGAACGGGCGAUCCUUCCAUCACGGCUACGCCUGGCUGAAGAGGAAGGACACGACGCGGCCAGUGCAGUACGAGAACGCGAGGAUGGAACCUCUGUGGGACACUGAGAGGAUCGAGACCAUCGACUUCAACACGGACGUGUACGCUCCCAUGUACCCCAGCCCAGCUAAGAUCCAGCUGUACGCCGAAAGGCACAAGUCUGACCCCGACGCGCGGCCGCUCAUCAUGUGCGAGUACAGUCACGCCAUGGGAAACUCGUGCGGGGGCUUGUCGGACUACUGGCAGCUCAUCCGUAAGCACGAGAUCCUGCAGGGAGGAUUCAUCUGGGACUGGGAGAGAGGAGGGGCGCGGGGAAGGGAGAGGGAGAGGGGGCGUGAGCCUGUGUUCGGGUACGGAGGAGACUACGGGCCCAGGGGGACGCCCUCGGACGAGAACUUCUGCAUCAACGGCCUAAUGCAGCCCGAUCGCCUCCCGAACCCGCAUGCGUGGGAGGCGAAGUUUGCCAUGCAGCCGGUGGAGGCGGAGGUGAAGGAGGAGGAGGAGGGGAGAGCUGUCCUGUUGGUGUCAAACCACUAUGACUUCACCUCGCUCUCAACGCUCGACCUCGAGUGGGAGGUGGCGGAGGACGGGGAGCUGGGAGGGGAGGAGCUGCUUCACUCUCCGCUCCUCCCAAACUUCUGGCGUCCGCUCACGGACAACGAGAUCGGGUCAGGGCAGCAGGAGCACCUCAAGCACUGGAAGUUUGCGGGCCGACCGAGGGAGGAGGGAGAGGAGAUGCAGGUGGAAGAGAGCGAGCAAAGCGUGCGUUUCUUGCUUUCGCGCGAGGUGACCGAGGACGGAGUGAUGCUGGCGACUAGCUGCACAGUGCACGAGGAUGGGAACAUUGUGAUCGACGGGAAGCCGCUGCGAUCGGGGGCGACAGUCUCCAUCACCGCACACCAUGGGAGGUACCUGGAGGCGAAGGAGGAGGGAGUGAGGGCGUGUGGGCAGAGGAACGGAGAGUUCGGGCCGCUCCCUCCCUCCCUCCCUCAGAUCUUCGCCGUCCGCAAGAAAGGUGGGAAGCCAGGGGACGUGAUCUGCUGGGGGGAUGAGGUGGAACUGGAGGCCACCCAGCUCAAGAGCUUUCUCAGCUCUGAUGGCCCCACAGCCAGGGUCCUGCUGGGGGCGAGGCCCGAGGCCUUCAGGAUCGAGAGGGGUGAGCCGUCCUCACCGCUGCGCGUCGGGCUUGCUUGCAAGCUGGACAAGCGGAGGGCAACGAGGAUGAGCUGGUACGGUCGAGGGCCGGGGGAGAGCUACCCGGACAGACAGGCGAGCACGAGCAUCAGGAGGUGGAGGGCUGAGGUCGGGGAUGAGACUUUCUACUAUGUGAGGCCGCAGGAGAACGGAAACAAGAUGGACACGCGCUGGAUGCUGAUCUCCGACGAGCAGGAGAGAGGAAUGCUGGUCGUUGCUGCCAAGGGGAAUGGCGGAAGGCCGACGGCAGAGGGAGGAGGAAGAGGAGGAGGAGGAUGGAGUCGAGGAAGGGCAUCGCUAGCCAUGCAGUGUCACCAUCAUGACCUCGACGAGUUCGACGUCCUGCUCCCUUCCAAGUCUCCUCGCUUCCGCCAUGGCGGCGACCUGGUCCAGCAGGACUUCACCUCUCUCUGCAUCGACGCGGCGCAUGCUGGGGUCGGCGGCAUAGACAGCUGGGGUUCGCUUCCUCUUGUCUGUGACAGGCUGCGACUGUCUCACCCCAUCUCCUGGUCGGUCAUCCUGCGGCCAUGGGCAGCCGCCAGUCCAGCUCCGGCCUGGGCUCAUCCUCGUCGUGCUCGAUGCCUUGCCUGAUAUAAUCCGGGGCCUCGUACAUGAGCUCACAGAAGCGAUUCACUUCGUCAUCCCCCAUGUCUGUUGCUGCCAUGCCAAAGGGAUCCUGAUACAAGUCCGGGAUGACCCGGAAGGUUUCACGAGGGCGGCUCAACACCGGAGCAAGCACGCUGCUUGUGUCUACUGUUGUGACAGCCCAUGCUGCAAUCACUAUGGCAGCGAACAGUCGGGGGAAAUGCAUAAGGUCAAGAACAAGAGUGAAAUUUUAUGUUGCGCAACCCAAAGUGUAGGAGGGAGAAGAGAACAGGAAGGUCGCGAUGAGAAAAGGGUACUUGAGGAGGAGAUAGGGCUGAAGGGAGGGAAGCAGGCUCAACGGAGAAGAGCAAGGAGGAGGACAAGGAGGAGGAUCAGCCGUGCAGGAGGAGGGAGAGGAGGAGGGAGAGGAGGAGUAGAGUUA